CGGUCCAACCGUAUUAUUGUUCCCCCGGUCUUUACUAUAGUUAGAGUCGUCUUUGUGCGCAUUUUACCCUCUAUUAUUUUGUUGUUGUCCAGUGAUCGCGUAAUAGCACGUUAAACAAUAGAAAUGUAUUUCUGUCUGUUCAUCUUAUACGUGUUAAUACAGAUUCAGAUGUAAAUCAUUUGGACGCGUUAGCUAGCCUGGGACAUUAGCUACGUAAAUCUCUAAGCAUGUGGACUUUAUGUAUCUCACAGCAGAUAAACUUGAAUCCGGUCUGGUGUUUUAGAUGCAAGUGACGUUUAACCUUCACCGUGAGUAUGGAUGCAGAAAGGCGGAGAGAAAGUCGAAGCUGGGACUGGGACAGUCCGCAGUGCCGAGCCCAGCUGGACGAAAUCUUUUUCCGCCAGCAUGAUUACAUCCAGGCAGGCAGCUCGGAGCAUAAAGAGUUCUGGGCCUUCUUUGAGCGCUUCCAACGGUUUAAAACAAAGCGGGACAUGUCUGUGUCGAAAGGAGGCAGCAGCAAAGAGGACAGAGACGGGAAGGACAGGAGGAAAACUGGACAUGUUGACCUCGGCCUCCCUAAAGAGUACGACGCUCGCUACCGGAUCAAUGUGUCUGUGUGCACUAGGGAUGUCGAGGAGCGUGUGGGAAAGACCGAGCACAGAAGCAAGCAUAGAUCCUCUGGGCCUGGCAGUCAGGAGAUCUCCGACUUCCGCCUUACCCUCCUGCAUUUCCUAGACUUCAACCAGAGACAGAGUUUUGGAAAACUGGCAAAGCUGCGCCGAGAGCAGAAAAACCUGCCCAUCUUCCAUUACCGGGACAGAAUAGUGGAACUGGUUCGAAGUCACCCUGUGGUUGUGGUGGCGGGGGACACGGGGUGCGGCAAAUCCACCCAAGUACCUCAGUAUCUUCUUUCAGCUGGCUUCAACAACGUAGCCUGCACUCAGCCUCGACGUAUUGCCUGUAUAUCUCUCGCAAAGAGGGUCAGCUUUGAGAGUCUCAAUCAGUAUGGCUCAAAGGUGGGAUACCAGAUUCGCUUUGAGACAACCCGAACCACAGCCACCAAACUGCUGUUCUUGACAGAGGGGCUGCUGCUUCGACAGAUCCAGCAGGACAAGACACUGGCUCAGUACGAGGUGGUGAUUGUGGACGAGGUCCAUGAAAGACAUCUCCACUGUGACUUCCUUCUCGGGGUGCUGCGCUCACUGCUCUCUGACCGCCCAGAUCUGCGUCUCAUCCUUAUGUCAGCCACCAUCAACAUCAAACUUUUCUCUGACUAUUUUAAUAGUGCGCCGGUGCUGCAAGUACCAGGAAGGUUAUUUCCUAUACAGGUGAUAUACCAGCCGAUUCCACCUGAGGAGCAACCCUCACGUUCAGAGAAACUGGAUCCCAGACCGUAUCUGCGCAUCCUGCAAGGAAUUGAUCAGCGUUAUCCCCCAGAGGAGCGUGGUGACCUGCUUCUUUUCCUCAGUGGUGUGGCAGAGAUCUCCAGCAUCCAGGAGGCUUGUCAGGUUUACGCCACGCACACACGCCGCUGGAUAGUUCUGCCGCUGCACAGCACCCUCUCACUGGCCCAGCAGGAUAAGGUUUUUGACAUUGCUCCUCCUGGAGUGAGGAAGUGCAUCAUCUCUACCAAUAUUGCUGAGACUUCAGUUACUAUAGAUGGGGUGCGAUUUGUUGUUGACUCAGGGAAAGUAAAGGAAAUGAGUUUUGAUCCAAAGGCUAAGAUGCAGCGUCUACAGGAGUUCUGGAUCAGUCGAGCCAGUUCUGAGCAGAGGAAGGGUAGAGCUGGUCGUACAGGUCCAGGGGUGUGUUACCGCCUGUACGCUGAGUCUGAUUACGACGCUUUCGCACCUUAUCCUGUGCCUGAAAUCCACAGAGUGGCCCUCGAUUCUCUAAUUCUUCAGAUGAAGAGCAUGAGUCUUGGGGAUCCGCUUUCUUUUGUGUUCAUUGAUCCACCUCCAGCUGCUAGUAUCCAGACUGCAGUUACUUAUCUGAAAGAGCAGGGAGCUCUUGACAAUCAUUGUGAACUGACCUCUAUUGGAAGUUUAUUGGCUCAACUGCCUGUUGAUGUGGUCAUAGGGAAGAUGCUGGUGCUUGGCUCAUUGUUUAACCUGGUGGAGCCUGUGUUGACCGUUGCAGCAGCUCUCAGUGUUCAGUCACCUUUCCUGCGCAGUUCACAACAAAACCCAGACUGUGCCACUGCUCGCCAGCCUCUUCACAGCAACCAGGGAGACCCCUUCUCCCUCCUCAACACCUUCAAUGCCUGGGUGGAGGUUAAAGGAGAAAGAGGUGGUGGUUCAAGGAAAUGGUGCAGGCGGAGAGGCUUAGAGGAGCAGCGACUGUAUGAGAUGGUCAACCUACGCAGACAGUUUAAGGACUUGCUGAGAAGCCAUGAAUUGCUGGAGUCAGAGGACUGCACUUCCUCCAGUGGUGACCGUGGACAGCGUAGGGAGAGGAUAACAGAGAGGAGGAAGCUGCACCAGAUGAAGAGAGAUCAUGAGCAACAGGAGGGCACCAAACGUAAGGUCUUGAAGCUGGAGGAGGGCCAGGACGGAGAGUUCUCAUCAGGAUCAGACACAGAGGAAGCUGGCAGACGCAAAAAAAGCAAGGAAAGCUCAGGACAGGACGUAGACAUACAGGAGGUGAAGUUCAAGUUGCGUCACAACGUGACCGAGCUGCAGGAGGCUGUGGGCGUCAGUCAGGACCUGUCCUCCCGUCAGCAGGCGUUGCUUAAGCUGCUGCUUUGCAGAGGCCUCUACCCUCAGCUGGCACUGCCUGACGAACACAACUCCACCCGCAAGGACUCUGACCAGGUUUUUCACACAAAGAAUAAGCAUGGAGUUGUGGUCCAUCCCACCAGUGUGUUUGCCAGCGAUCCAGAGGUGUUACAGGUUCCUGAGGAUAACGCCAGUGAAAUGGGCUCUGAUAAGAAGGACAGCAGUAAACACCAGCUGCUGGCCUUUGUCACUCUGUUGGAGACCAACAAGCCCUAUUUGUCCAACUGUGUACGAGUUCCAGCGUUGCAGGCUCUGCUGCUAGUGGCAAACUCUGUGGACAGUAACGCUGACUGCACGCGCCUGGUGAUCGACGGCUGGCUGGAAGUGGAGCUCAGGGAAGCGGAGGAGGCGCUUAAGGUGCUGUCCUCAGCUCUGACCCUCAGGGCAGAGUGGGAGCGCAUGCUACAGGCCAAGCUGGGACAGAACAAAAUGGAGGACUCUGCAGUCUCUGGGGUGACCCGCAAAAUGGUGGAGAAGUUAAGUGAUGGCCUCGUGCGCUUCCUGCUGUACACUGAGAUAACUUACAGCCUGCGGCGGCUCGCAGCUCUCCAGGUGCAGAACUUAUACAUUGGCCCUCGAUCAGAGUCUGAGCUGUGUCACAUGAAAGCUCUGGAUCUAAACCCGCUGUUUCCAGGAGCCGAGGCCAAGCCGGACCCCAUUAAAGGAGGCCUGCGUGUCACCAGCUUCUUCACAUACAACUGUUUGGCUGACUCGAAGGACCUCUACAGUGAGUGUUUGCGCACUUUCUGGAGCUGUCCUAACUGUGACCUCUACAUGCCACUGACUCCUCUGGAGCGCAUGCAGCACGAGGCCACCUGCAGGCCAGCAGGAGAACAGCAGCAGCUGGAGGAAGAGGCAGAAAAGGGAAAGACAGGUUCUGUGUCAAGUCUUACUAGAGUUUAUCACUGUGACGUCUGUAAUGAAGAUCUGAAGCUCACUUCAACAGAGAUUCUCAAACAUAAAAGGCAGCACAUGUAUUCUGCAAAGUGACAAACCAUCGCAAGCUAAAUGACAUUAAAUCCAACCUGUGUCUGUGUGACUUCAUGGAAUAAAGAUAUUUUAUGUAA